AAACCAACAAGAAAUAUUAAUUACCAGUAGAUUUAACCGGUAGAAGUUUCCAAAGGUUCGACCCGGUUCACCAGCAUUUGAUCUCCACGUUACACCAACAGAGUAUUACAUAAUGUUGGGCUUAUCUAUUUGUACAUCUCAUUCAAACGAUUAACUGUAAGCAGCCAUUGUGAUUUAUUGAAUGCAAGGAGAGGGCUAGUGUAUUGGUCAAUGAAGUGUGAAUGAAAUUGCAAAGAGCUUCAGUGUGUGACCCAAUGGAAGUAUUAGAGUGACCAGGUGACUGAAAAAGACCAGAAAUGGAUCUUAUGCCGGACGAAUAAACAAGCACGUUUGUAGAUAUAUACAUUUAUUUGCGAGCCUGAAUAAUUCAAACGGCAAGGAAAAACUGUUCUUGGUCCACUGCCGGCCGGGGAAGACUGACCGGUCGCAUAUGGAGUGAUCACGGCGUAUAGGCCUAUUAAAGAAUUUAAAUGUCAUGGCUUCUCAAUGUGAUGUUGCGAAGCGUGCAGUAGACGGAUCCACUUCCGAAUUUCUCUUGAAAGAUAUUGCGAUUCGUGCGUCGAAAAAUGAAUACGACGAAAAUCACAAUGAGGAGGGUAUAAUAAACAUGUCGACUGCUCACAACGAGUCGGUACGAGAGAUCAUCACUGAAAAGAUGAACCAGAAAGACCUUCAGACUUGGGACCAUAGCAUGCUUCCUUACAAUCUCGAACGAAACGGAAGCAGUCGCCUCCGGAGAGCCCUGUCGGAUUUCCUAUCAACGUUGAAUGGUCAAAAAGCUCCCGGAACGCUUGAUCCAGAUAAGUUCGUCAUCGUGAAUGGAGUGACGUCAGCCCUUAGUGCAAUGGCUUAUGUGUUAUGCGACCAUGGGGAUACCAUUUUGACACCAUCUCCGAUGUACGGAGCAAUUCCACGUGAUCUAGUGGUUCAGAGCGGAGUGAAGACUUAUCCCGUGUAUGUAAGCAGUAAGGCAGAACCCGAUGGAAGAAAACCGUGGGAACUUAAUGUCGAUCUUCUAGAAGCAGGCUUGGAAAAUGCAAAGCAGGAGGGACAUAAUGUCAGAGCUCUUUUGCUGGUAAACCCUAUCAAUCCUUUCGGAACAGUGUACACAAAACAACAAAUGUUGGACUACCUCGCAUUCUGCAAAAGGCAUGAUAUACACUGCCUAAUCGAUGAGAUUUACAGCGCAAGUAUCUUCGAGGAAUCAGCAGAUAGUUCCAGUGUAUUCACCUUGAAUUCCGAAGAGCUACCGGACAAGGAGAAAACGCAUGUCGUCUGGGGAACAGCGAAGGAUUUCGGAAUGCCAGGUUGUCCGUUUGGAGCGUGCUAUACAUGGAAUCCCAGAGUUUUAACUGGUCUCGAAAAACUAAUUGAUUUCUACCAGAUCCCGAGCUUCGUUCAAACGGCAGUGGCAAAAAUGCUAGAGGAUAAAGAGUGGCUGAGAUGGUAUCUUCCUACGCACAAUAAGAUGUUGCAGAAAUCUUCCACCACAGUGAUGGAGACGUUGGAAGAGUUGGGUGUAUCGUUCGUCAGACCAACCGCUGGGUUAUUCAUUUGGGCAGAUUUUACAAGUAUCAUCGGGGACGUCAACAAAGACACUGAGAAACAGUUUGCUCUUCACUGUCUUGAUCACGGACUGGCAAUCGCACCAGGGUCUGCCUUCGUUUACAACGAACUCGGCUGGGCUAGACUAGUCCAUGCUCUACCAAGAGCUAAACUUAUCGAAGCAAUGAAGAGGCUCAAAGAAGCUUGUGAAACAUUCCAAACAAGGUACACACGUUGAAGAUUUGGACCAAGACUCGAAUCGAAACGCUACAGAUUGAGGCGCAGAUGGUAGAAAAUUGACCAGGGGACGUAUUCCAUAGAACACAUAGAUGCACGAUUGUAUGGAAGACAUUGAUAAUUCGCACGUUUUGAUAAUAAUGAUAGAGGAUUUGUAUAGUGCACGUAUCCACCUUGCUAUGUGCUCGAGACGCUCCUAUAUUACCCCGGCUAAGCUAUAUACAUGUAGUCUACAGAUUAUGGUACGCACAGCUUUUUUUGAGGAAUUACUUCCUGCCGAUACCCAUUUACCUCACCUGGGUCGAGUGGAUAAAUUUCUUUCUGAAGGAAAACAAGCCAUGGCUAGGAUUCAAACACACGACCCUCUGUUUGAAAGGCGAGAGUCAGAACCACUAGACCACGACGCACCCGACGCACGCUUCGCCCUCUUUGAAAAACAUGGAAACGCACAUUCUACCUUAAAACGUAUUCCGAUACAGCGUCUCCUUGUGAUGGAGUCUCUCAAGGGCACGAACUUGGUCCACUUCUGAUCCUCCACUCGAAAACACGUGGAAUAAUUAGGUCAAGUGUGUCCCAGAGAGGUUCCCAUCCGACCCUUUCUGGAUAACCUGUGACUUGGUAUAUUAUCAUUAUCUAUGUAGACCUAUGUAAGUUCAAUUACUCCUGUGACCAUGGUGACGUACAUUCUGCGCAUUGUGUAUGUAUGAUUUAUUGUAUACCAACACUCAAUGGGGAGGGCCUUUAAAAUACACUGUAAAUUAUUAAUAUUUAUUCUACGCUUUUCCAAGCAUUGCUGUUUGCGUUGUUAAUAUCUAUAUUGUUAAGUUUCCUUAAAAAAUUCGAUGUCAUAUGGCUAUUAAAGUGCUGCACAAACUAUUAUGUU